GUGGAAACUGGCAAAUGGGGUUGACUGGGUUGUAGGCCCACCUUUCCUGACCUCUCUCUCUCUCUCUCUCUCUCUCUCUCUCUCUCUCUGAUUGAGUUUAUAGUAUGGUGUGAGCUGACUCUUGUUGUGUUUGUCUUUCUAUAAACUUACCAAGCUCUGUUAAACACAGAGUCGAAAGCAUAAGGAGGGAGAGGUGCUUUGAAGGUAGGGAAUUUUGUGGGUGUGCAUUCGGGAAAAAUAGAGAGGAAUAAAUGGGGAUCGUUUCUCAGGAAGCGAUCAAGCAGCUCCUAGGAUUAAUGGAUCAAGUUGAGGAGCCAUUGAAGAGAACAUUUCAGAAUAUUCAUCAAGGAUGUUUAGCCGAAACUGUGGCUCGUUUCCUAAAAGCAAGGGAGUGGAAUGUUGCCAAAGCCCAUAAAAUGUUGGUGGAUUCUUUAAACUGGAGGGUACAAAAUGAGAUUGACAACAUCUUAGCAGAACCCAUCGUUCCCAGUGAGCUGUACAGAGCAGUGCGUGAUUCACAGCUGGUAGGAGUGUCAGGUUUCUCAAAGGAGGGGCUGCCUGUCUUUGCAAUUGGCGUCGGGCUGAGCACAUUUGAUAAAGCAUCUGUCCACUACUAUGUGCAGUCACACAUUCAAAUCAAUGAAUAUCGGGACCGUGUAAUUUUGCCUUCUGCAUCUAAAAAAUAUGGGCAGCCUAUUAACACGUGUGUGAAGGUUUUGGACAUGACUGGCCUGAAGCUUUCAGCACUGAGUCAGAUAAAGUUAUUAACGAUUAUCUCAACAAUCGAUGACUUGAACUACCCAGAGAAGACAAAUGCAUAUUACAUUGUAAAUGUCCCCUAUGUUUUUUCAGCUUGUUGGAAGGUUGUCAAGCCUCUUUUGCAGGAGAGGACAAGGAAAAAAGUUCAGGUCUUGUCAGGGUGUGGGAGAGAUGAGCUCUUAAAGAUAAUGGACUAUGAUUCUCUCCCACAUUUCUGUAGAAGAGAAGGCUCCGGCUCUGGAUCAUCUCGACAUAGCUAUGGAAAUUGUUAUUCAUUGGAUCAUCCAUUUCAUCAACAGCUCUACAACUACAUCAAGCAGCAAUCCUUGACAUGUGAACCUGUUGAACCCGUAAAACAAGGUUCUUUCCAUGUGGAUCUACCUGAGCCUGCCGCAGAAGGAACAGAGAUUGCUAAAACAAUACAAUCUGAAUUACACAAGUUUGGGAAUAGGAACAGGAUACAUGACUCGCUAGAUGGGCUAAAGAUUGAAGAUAACUGAAGUUAUGCAGAUGAAUUUCUUGCAUGAUUUGCUCUGACAUGAAAAAACACUCGGAUUCCCUUUCGCUUCAUUGUAGCUAUUAGAGAAGAAAUGUGGCCGUGCGGGUCCCACCAUAAUAUUUGUACAAUGUUAGUGCAUGUAAUAGUAGUUAGUUGCAUUUUCCGUACACGAAUUCAAGGGAAAGCUAAUAUGAUGUAACUUGACAAAUUGGCUG